AGGUGCCCCCUGAGUCGAUGGAACUUGUCAAAUGAUCCAUGUUUCAUAGAGUUGGUUCGGUUGGAACAAGAAAACAACUGCACAGUCCCCCGGGAGUGUCCGGGAAACUGACCGGGUACAAUGUGGGUGUUAGCCGUCCUCUUCCUGGCAUCCGUCACAUUCUGUAUACAGAACGAUAUCGUUUAUGUGAUUGACAUCUCAGGAAGUCUUUCUCAGUCAGAUCUGAAUUACUCGGUGGAUUUUCUCGACGACAUUACACGAUACUUAGCCAUUGAUUCCAGCAAUAGUAAAAUAUCCAUUGUGACAUUUUCGAGUGUUUCCACGGUACAGAAUGAUUUUAAUUCCUUGUCUAGCCAGUCCGAUGUUCUCAAUGCAUUACAGAAUCUGAAAUCGCUAACCACUGCAGGAGGCACCAAAACCUACCUAGCACUGAAUGAUUCAUACGAUCUUCUGACUUCCGGUUCCGGUGGCAUGCGCAGUGGUGUUAACAAAACAGUAGUGGUUCUUACUGAUGGGAAGUCAGAUAAUCUUCUGUAUACACAAGCUGCUGCAGACAAUCUGCACAACAACGGGAUUGAAGUAUUCUCUGUGGGAGUUGGGAGCGAUUUUACGUACGACACGACUGAACUGAACGCCAUUGCAAGCGAUCCAGACUCCUAUUACCAGUAUGCCAUUGAGAAUUUCACCUACCUGUGUAAUGUGGUCCCGGCUCUAGCUGUCAAAUUGGAUCCAAGUUUAAGCGCAAUAACGCUGCCCCCUGAUUGUAUGACAACUACGACUACAACUGCUAGUCCUAAAAAGAAAAAAGCAACUGAGGCACCAACAACCGAAACCACCGCCGACACCACCACUACCACUGAAGUUACAACUACCACAACAGAAAGCGCUACCACAACCACUCAAACCUCUACAGAAAGCCCUACCUCAGCAUCUAUCGUUACCAGUGCUCCAGCGACAACAGCUAGCUCUACGACAAGCGGUGUCGUGACAACGCUUACAUCCGAUACCACGACUUCCGCUAAUGGGACGGCUGGAAGUUCUCAAAACCAACGAUCCUCCGCUAACGACGAGUCUUCGUUAUCCAUUCCUAUCAUAGUUGUGGGGGCUACAGCUUCUCUCCUUCUUCUCUCCACCAUUCCCGGGGGCUACUUCAUGUACAAGGCCGCCAUUAGGAGAAAAAUCCACCAGGAGGAAAAGGAAGAGGAAGUCAGACACGCUAUACAGCCCUAUGAGAAUUCGUUACCAAAGCAUUUAGGCCCAGGAAAACCAGCUUGGCAAACCUAGAUUUACCAAGAAGAGGCGUAUUCUUUGUGAAAGUACUCGGUGCUACUUUGUGGAGAAUGCUGUAUUAAUGUAGAUUUAUAUAAAACAUCAUGUCGACCCUAAAACGUUGA